AUGGGGAUGAGCAUGUACAGCACGCAAUCGUAUGAUCCCACUAUUGUGUAUCCCCCCCAUUACGAUUUUGGAUACUCCAUUGACUGUAUUUGUACACCACAGCUUCGGACAGCUACACAGUACUUGUUAUGUGAGGUGACUGUACACCGCGGCAUUGCACGUGGUCGCUUGGCCAAUGCCACGAGUGACCCCAAGGAGCCCCUAUCGCACCUUGAGCCUUGUUUGUUUGAGUUUAUCAAAUUACGUUUGGCGAUUUUGGCGUUGGUAGCAAAACCAAAGCAUUACGUGGUGGACCACCAGUUUGAUGGGGGAAAUCGGUACGGCAGCUGCCUAAUUCAUCUCUUUCCCUCACCACUUGACCCCGAACUUAUUGACCACGAGGUACAGCACAUCGAACUGGACCUUGACCUGGUGCAGAGGUGGAUGAAGCACCACUACGACCACCGUGUGGCGCCGAGACGAUUCGUUUUUUUUUUUUUUGUUAGAGUCAAGCUUCUCCUUUCUACGUCCUACUUGUCUGUGUCAAUAAUAUACAUAUAUGUUAUCCUCC